CGCUCUGUCUGGUAUCGUGACGGCGCAACUCCAAAUCGCCAGCGCCAUGGAGUCCAGCUCGAAACGCCGCAAGAUAGAGCACGCCGGCUCUGGUCUGCGACACGAUGCCAUAAUCGACUUCGAAGCUCGGAGCUCGGCGCAAGUGUCGACCGCGAGCACCUUCAUCCUCCAGACGGACGAGCUCCUGAACGAGGUGAAGUUGAACUACGGCAAGGCCUUCGGCGACGCCAAUGGCCAUCUAUUCAAGAUCAAAGAGAUUGUGGAGUCCAUCGAACCUCACGACGCCCUUCCAAUCACCGAAGCCACGGCCGCCUUCGAGAAGAAGCAUCGCAUCAUCGUUCCCUAUCCAACCCCCAAGCCGGCAACAGACUCUCCCUACAAAGUAGCGUACGCGAAGCCCUCGCAGUGCAAUGUCGUCGGAAGCUACGUUUCAAAGACCAUGGUCAAGUCGCAAUCUUCAGCCUCGAUCGACAUGGUGGUCCAGAUGCCCAAAUCGCUGUUCCAGGACAAGGACUUUAUGAACAUGCGAUACUUCUACCGACGAGCCUACUAUAUUGCGUACAUCGCUGCGCACGUGCGCCAGCAAUAUUCUGCCGACUCAAUGGGCCUGGCCUUCGAAUAUUUGAAUGAGAACCCGCUAUUACCCGUGCUCCUCCUCCGUCCCCUGCCCACCGACGCCAAGGGGGGUGGGACUGCUCAGGACGACAAGUCCGCCAAGAAGGGCCACAAGACGUCGAUGGAAUACAGCGUCAGGCUGAUUCCCUGUGCGCCCGAUGGGAUGUUCCCAUGGAACAAGCUGACGCCUGCUUCGUCCUGCAACCGAGCCGCAGGGGGAGAGGAGCAGAAAGCUAGCAGCACUAGUACACCGUUCUACAACUCCACGAUCAAUGCCGAGAGGACCUUCAUUCAGUACCUGCGUGUUCUCGAGGACUGCAAGACGAAAUGUCCGGCCUUCACCGAUGCUUGCGUCUUGGGUAGGAUCUGGUUGCAGCAACGGGGCUUCGGCGGAGAAAUCUCCAAGGGCGGCUUCGGAAACUUUGAGUGGUCCACCAUGAUCGCACUGUUGCUACAGAUGGGUGGGAAGAAGGGGCAAGCCGCACUCUCAAAUUCUCUGAGCAGCACCGAGCUUUUCAAGGCGGCGAUCCAGUUCCUCUCUACUACCGACUUUACGAAGAAGCCCUUUGCGUUUGGCGCAUCCAAGAUUGACACAAAAGCUAUUCGAGACGUCGGACCAGUCAUUUUUGACCCGGUCAGGGAGUUGAACAUACUGUUCAAGAUGACGCCCUGGUCGGCUGGCCUCCUGCAGCUCUACGCCAAGUCAACUGCAGAUUUGCUUGCUGAUGACGCUGUGGACAAGUUCGAUCCCACCUUCAUCAUGAAGGCGGAUGUGGCGCCAGAGGUCUUCGAUACCUGUUUUAGAAUCGCCAGCCUCGACGUGGCCGAAAAGUUUACUGGUUCCGCUGAUCGGAGCAGGGCGUCAUGGAAGUUCAGCUUGGAAGCCCACAAGGUCUUGAAACGAGCAUAUGGAGACCGCGUGCAGCUGGUACAUAUCCUUCAGCCUCCCGUCGCGUCUUGGUCUUUAAGCCGCGGUGCCCCUACCGAGAGCUCCGAGGUCCUCGUUGGCGUCAUAUUCCAGCCCGCGAACAUGUCUCGCCAGAUGGAAUAUGGCCCUUCGGCCGAGGAGCAACAGGAGGCGGCAGUAUUCCGCCAGUUCUGGGGAGAGAAGGCCGAGCUGAGACGUUUCAAGGACGGUAGUAUCUUGGAAUGCGUGGAAUGGAGCAGCAAGCUGCCGGGCCAAAUUUGCGAAGAGAUUGCUCGGUAUGCUCUCAAACGGCAUCUCAAGAUCAUGAAAGAUGAGCUCGUGGCCUGUGAUAGUGGCCUCUCAUCCGUCAUUGGUCUGUCCCAUCUCGACAAAGAGGCGUUUGAUGCUUCGAGACGGGCAUUUACCACAUUUGAGCGCGACAUCCGCAAUCUUGAGGAGCUCCCGCUUCAGAUCAGACAGUUGUCGCCGAUCUCGCCGAUCGCGAGGUAUUCGUCUGUGGCCCCCCCCAUGAUGGGGUUCCACAAGGGUUUCAUUGAGCCCAUGGAUGUCAAUCUUUACUUUGAGGCUUCCAGCAAGUGGCCAGAGAACCUCACCGCUAUUCAGGAAGCCAAGAUUGAGUUUCUUCUCGACAUUGACAGACGUCUCACCACAGCACACGAAAACAUCACGACGUACCUUGGCCGCGAGAACAGAGAGGUUGGCAUUGAAGGCUUGGCCUAUCUGGAUGCCAUCUACGACUCCGGAGCGACCUUUCGACUGCGGAUACACUGCGAUCUGGAGGAGACGCUCCUGGAGAGGCAGGUCGACAAUAAGACGCUCGAUGUUCGCGCCCGCGAAGACGCCGUUGAAGCUUUGCAAAAGUCUCACUGGCUAUACGACACCCUGCCGCUGCACACACAGACGGUUGCCACAUUUUGCACGAGGCUGCACCCGCUCUCCCAGACGAUCCGGCUGGUCAAGCACUGGUUUGGCUCUCACAAAUUCACCGGCCACAUUAGCGAGGAGCUCAUGGAGCUCAUCGUGCUUCACGUCUUCCUGCAACCGUACCCCUGGGUUGUGCCCUCCUCGCCGAGCACCGGCUUCCUGCGCACCCUGUUCUUCUUGUCCCGCUGGGACUGGCGCGACGAGCCGCUGAUUGUCGACUCCGCCGAGACGCUCACCAACGACGAUCGCCUGUCCAUCCGCAGAGAGCUCGAGUCGUGGAGGAAGCGCGACCCGCAUAUGAACAAGCUGGUCUUGUGCGUGGCGACGUCAAGCGACCAGUCCGGCCUGGCCUACACCCGCGACGGCCCGUCCAAGCUCAUCGCCUCGCGCAUGACUCGCCUCGCCAAGGCCGCGUGCAAGCUCGUUCGCGAGCGGCCCCUCGGCUUCGACCCGGCGGCCCUGUUCGAGACGUCCCUACGCGACUACGACGUUCUCCUGCGUCUCUCCCCCAAGGCCGUCAGGGCCAUCGUCGGCGACGCUGCCUCCGACUCUGGCGCCAAGAAGAACUCGCACUUCAAGAACCUCGACGAGCGAACUGGCAAGAUGCCCCUGCCCGUGCGCGCCCACCCCAUCGACGUGCUCGCCGAGGAGCUCCAGCGCGUGUACGCUGACACGCUCGUCUUCUUCCGCGGCGGCGGCGGCGACGAUGAUGACUACGCCCUCGCUGCUAUCUGGAACCCCAGGCUCCAGCAGCGGCAAAAGUUCAGGGCCGGCCUGCCGUACAACUUUCGGGUCGCGAGCGCAGAUGGCGAGGACGGCGCGGACGUGGUCGAGGUCAAUCAGGAGGCAGUGCUGUUGGAGAUUGCGCGGGCGGGCGGCAGCAUGAUCAAGAAGAUCGAGGUCGUCGAGGGAUAAGACGGGAGCCGCUCCAUGGGCAACGAAGUGGGACUUUGAUACCUCAUGACCACCGGCCUCUCCUAAAAGGUCAAAAACAUCUCACAGGUGCAAUGUUCAGACAUAUAGAGCGGUUGUAUAUAGCCCACGGGCGGCUCGCAUCAAUCGAUACCAUUCACGAG